GACAGAAUCAGAGAAGCAGAGUCCAGCGGAUGUGGCGGUGACAAGAACAACAGAAACAGCGUGGUUGUCCGGAGUUGAGAGGUGAACAGGGGAAAUGAACGUGGCGAGGCCGGUGCCUGUGAUGCGUCUGCCAAAGGGACCAGACCUUUACGGCCGCGGCUUUGACCCUCAGUCCCCGCGCUUCAUCGCCCUAUGCCGGACAUCCAUCCCCUCUUCUCUGGCCUCGGAUGUGGUCCCAGAGGAGCUGCAGAGGGAGCAGCUCAUGCGCUCCGAACUACGGGAGCGCUUUCUGCGCUGUCUCCUGUCUAUGUCCAACAGAAAGGUGCGCUUGAGCAUGUACGAGAAUGUGAAGGUCGAAGCGACGUUUGGAGCGUCGGACAUCGAUGUGCUGAACUUUCAGGUGUCAGACCUGCACACUCCUAUUGGAAUUCAAAAAGAGGCACUGAUCCGGAGUCAAGAUGUUAUUUCUCUCACUUUUGACUUGUGAUAUUAUGAAUAUUUCGCUUUGUCUUAGACACUCUUACUAGGCCUAAUUGAUAACCCAUUUUUCUGCAUUGUAAACAUGUGUACUAUAUCUUUUAAUCACUUGCAUACCUUUUCACCACUAGAUGGAGACAAAAUAUUGAAAUUAAAGCCCAAGGACCCUUA